AUGAAGCGAACGAGGAAAUCUAACAGGGUUUCAUGGGCUUCUGGUGGUAAUCUAUGUCAGGUAAAAUUGUUCUUGUCUGACGAUUUCCCGUCAAAAGUUGGCCUGGUAUCGCACGAUAAUCUUGAAGCAAAAUCAUCGUCAUUGUUGUGUUCUAGUGCUAGUGAUUCUAUUGAUUUACCUCCUGGAUUUGAAAGUAGUCAUUUCCUGAACCAAUCCAAGGUUGAAUUCUCCCACAUUCCAAAGAUAAAAUGGGAAUGCCCUCUACCGUUUGUUUUCAGUUCUCGUUGGCUAGUUGCAGCUGGUGAACAAAGUAGGGAGAAAGAUGUUCAGAAGCUGAGAGAAAUAAGAGUCCUUGAAGCAGUUUAUCCCAGACUCUCUGCCAUUCCUCCUAGCCCUUCUGUUUCUCUGGAUGUAGAAGAAGAAGAUUAUGAUGGUAGCAUUACUCCUCUGAUCCCUAUCAUUCCCAUUGAGGAGGAGGAAGAGUCCAUGGCUAAUUCGCCUGAACCGGAGGCAGCAGCGAACCCUCACCCCAAUGUUCAGUCUCCGAAUUUGCAUCAAUAUAUGUCAGCAACAACUUCCAUUAAUUCAGACCGUAACACCUCUGGCACUGUCUCCCCGGCUGCCGGUUUAUUGCCUUUCGCCGGGGUAUCUUCUGGUUUGGAAGCUGAUGUAGUGGCAGCCUCUGAUGCUGUGGCAGCCAUCCUUAAGAAUAAUGAGCACGGAGGCUUAAUUGAUAUGGAUCUACUAGUUAAAAUAUUUAGUGACCCAAAAAUGAUCGAGAAUUUGAUCAAUGAAGCCUCCAAUUUAGGUGCAUCCUCAAAUGCAGUGUCUUUACCCACUUCUUCUGGUUUGAAAUCUUCUAUUCCAUCAUCUCCUUUUUUUACACCUACACCUGACAUGUCAGCUUCUAGGAAUACACACAUUAGUUCUGUGGGUUUUUCUGGGUUCAAUCCUGCAAGUCCAUCAGUUUCAUCUUUGAAUUCUACAUCUGGUAAGCCAGCAACUCCUUUUACUCCUUCAAUUCCGUCAUAUUCUACGGUGACUUCUCCACAUGACAGGCACGCAACUGCAUCUGUUCCAUUUUCUAGGCCGGCGGUGUCUGGUCAACCAGUAUCCCCCUCUGUUUUUGUGCCUACACCUACAUCUGCACCUCAUAUGCCCAGACCCGUCGACAAUAAUUUUCACAUGUCAAAUGGAAUUCCAACUGCGUUAAGUUCCCAGCCUCAGCCAGAUUCAUUUCUGGCAUCUGGGGCGAAGCGACCCGCGUCUUUUGCUUUUGCUUCCAUGUCUUCUAGUGAACCAAGCACAGCUCCAUUGCCUCCUACAGGGAACAUGCAUACUGUUUUCAACCAUGGACAAACCACUGCUAGAACAAAGCCGUAUCAAACUAGUACAGGUUCAGUAUCUGCUGUAAAGGAUGCCAACUAUUAUAAAAACCUCAUUAGGCAACAUGGUGCAGACGGACAAGAUAAGCCGGACCCUCAAAUAGGUAACCGUCAUAGUAACUUCCCAGAUAUAAAUUUGGGACAUAAUAAUCAAGGGGAAGUGAAACACAAAAGCAAGAAACCAUGUAUUUAUUUUAAUAGCCAAAGGGGGUGCAGGAAUGGUGUCAGUUGCUCCUUUCAGCACGAUGUUUCACCUCAGUCGGGGGGAGCUGGUAACUUCCCAGGGCCGAAGAAUCCUAAAAGUUUUAAAAUGUGA